GAGAGAAUCAGACACUUCCCAACGAUCUAGUUUGAGGCCAUAACCAAUCUCCAUUCUUCAUCAUAUUAUUCAACCGAGCAGUCAAAUGAUUUCCAGAAUUAUACACCACCCGGUACCCCAUAUUUUGUCGAUUAAAACCCCAUCUGGAUGCCACCAAUCUGCCCAAAAAUGGAUAGAGGAAUUGGAUGAUGAGUUGCAAGAGUGUACACUGGGAAAUAUGGCCGUUAGGUUUAAACCCUCACUUGACAAGUUCCUCAAAUCCCAGAAAAACCUCUCCAAAACCCCACCAAGGCUCUGGCUCGAUGGCCAAGACGAAGCUACCGAGACAAACAACCAAGGCCUCCCCAUCUUGAAGCUAACCCAUCCCAUCUUGCACGCGUUGGAAUCAUGCACUGGCAUUAGGCAGUUCAACCAAGUCCACACCCAGCUUAUAGUCUCUGGCCUCUUCCAACAUUCUCUUGCCGCUAGCCGAGUCAUGAAGAAGCUUUGCUCUGCUUCGGUUAUGGUUUCACAUGGUGUUUACGUAUUCGAUUGCCUCGAAGAGCCCGAUGCUUUUAUGUGUAAUACUAUUAUGAGAAGCUAUGUGAAUUUUGAUGACCCACGUAGUGCUUUAGGAUUUUACCAUGAAAGAAUGGUUGGGAAGUGGGUCGUGCCGAAUCAUUAUACUUUUCCGCUCUUGGUCAAGGUGUGUGCUGAAAUUGGGUCGGUGAGAGAAGGGGAAAAGGCUCACGCCCGGGUGGUGAAAUUUGGGUUUGAGGCUGAUUUGUUUGUGCGGAACUCGUUGAUUCAUUUGUACUCGGUUUGUGGGAGGAUUGGGGAUGCUCGGAUGGUGUUUGAUGCGGGGCCUGAUUUGGAUUUGGUGAGUUGGAAUACGAUGAUUGAUGGGUAUGUGAAGAAUGGGGAGGUUGGUGUUGCACGUGAGCUUUUUGAUGAUAUGUAUGAGAGUGAGAGAGAUGUUUUUAGUUGGAAUUCUAUGAUUGCGGGUUAUAUGGGGAUUGGGGAUAUGAAGGCAGCGAAAGCUUUGUUUGAGAGAAUGACUUGUAGAGAUGUUGUGUCGUGGAAUUGUAUGAUUGAUGGGUAUGCUAGGAUUGGAAAUGUUUCUGUGGCUCGUGAGUUCUUUGAUCUUAUGCCUCUGCGGAAUGUUGUUUCUUGGAAUAUCAUGUUGGCUCUUUGUGUACGGUGUAAGCAUUACAGUGAAUGUCUGACAUUGUUUGAUAGGAUGAUUGACGGAGGAGAGGUUAAGCCAAAUGAGGCUACUCUUGUGAGUGUCCUGACUGCGUGUGCAAACUUGGGGAGGCUUGAAAGAGGCAACUGGGUUCAUUCUUAUUUAAAAAAUAAUAGUAUUAAACCUGAUUUGUUACUUUCAACUGCUCUUUUGACAAUGUAUGCAAAAUGUGGGGAUGUGGAUUUGGCUAGAGAUGUUUUUGAUGAGAUGCCGAACAGAAGUGUUGUAUCGUGGAAUUCUAUGAUCAUGGGAUAUGGUAUGCAGGGGAAUGCAGAAAAAGCCUUAGAAAUGUUCGUGAAGAUGGAGAAGAGAGGGCCAAAGCCAAAUGAUGCUACAUUCACCUGUGUCUUGUCUGCAUGUACCCAUGCAGGAAUGGUUUUGGAGGGUUGGUGGUGCUUUGAUCUAAUGUGUCGUGUUUACAAGAUUGAACCAAAGGUGGAGCACUAUGGUUGCAUGGUUGAUCUCCUUGCCCGGGCCGGUUUGAUGAAAGAUUCAGAGGAGAUUAUAAGUAAGAUGCCUAUGGAGUCGGGACCUGCCUUAUGGGGAGCUCUACUUUCUGCUUGUAGGACACACUCAAAUUCAGAGCUUGGAGAGAUUGUGGCUAAACGGCUAAUUGAGUUGGAACCUAGGGAUAUUGGGCCUUAUGUGUUGCUAUCAAAUAUAUAUGCUGCAGAAGGGAAAUGGGAUGAUGUAGAGUAUGUGAGAAGGAUGAUGAAGGAAAGGGGGUUGCAGAAAGCAUCUGGGUCUAGCCUGGUUCACCUAGGAGAGUUUGAAUCUAAAUCUUUUGUGGGGAAUGGUUCAGUCCAUCGGAGGAGCAUGGUAUACUCAAUGUUGAGUGAGAUGGGUGCUCAGAUGAAACUGUCCUGUAGGGAUUCUAAGAUGGUGUAGAAAUUGGGAGCUCAAUGAAGAUAGGACUAAGAGGAGUUUAUGGAGGUUAAGUAUUCAAGUAAACAUGAACUUAUGUUGUUAUAGAACUGCUGGCGAGGGAACAGUAUAACACUUCAAAGAAUGAAGACUCUGAAAGGAAGAGAGUAUAGUUGAGUAGGGAAAUGGACCCAUGGUAGUGGCAGAAUAUACACUGAGGACAAGGAGAUGGCGAUUUAAAGCUAAAGAGAGGCAGGUGCAGUUGCAAACAGAUUCGAUCGCCAGGUGGUGGUCGCCGAGACAAGUCCAACGGCCAUGCCAUAGCCUCCAUGAUAGAUCCAAUGACCAGCAGACAAUUUCGAUGGCCACAUGGUCACUAGACGAAGUCCAAUGGCCACUAGUUGUCGCAAAAAUUGAGAGUUGUUUUCUCUGCCUGUGAAUGUGUAUACUCCAGCUUGACGCGGGUUGAUUGCAUAUACGAUGCUGGUUCUCUCUUCCUACUGUGGUCUUGUUUGGCUAUUUCUUCUUAUUUCCUCUGCAAAAGUUGCCUCGCUGCACUUGCUCCUCUUCAAGCAGUACUAUUUGAUGUAGAGGAACUUUAUGUGAUUCAGAUCCACACCCCUACUAUGCCUUCCGUGAAAUGCUUCAAGAGGAAUAAACUUUUAUUUAUCCAAAGAAGCUCAUACUUUUAGCGGGCACUCCCUGAAAUUUGGUGUUUGUUUUGUUUUUUGCUUUGCUCCAACUCUGUUUCGGGAAUUAAAGUUGGAGUGGCGGUCGGAACGCCGGUAGUUGGUCUAACUAUCAGGAAUCCAGAACGCCUUCUGAUGGAAGCAAAGUCUGCCUUCCUUAAAGGAUUAUGAAGAUUCGAAAUUGUGUACAGCUUUAGAAGAGCUUGUGAUAAGAAAUGAGGUACUUCUACAGAUGCAGUUUCAAACAUUCAUAGAAAAUUCUUUACUAAAACUCUGUUAAAAUAAUUUUGUUGGAGAUGAGCCUUUUGGUCCUUCACUUGUAGCUGCUUGACCAGCUAUUGAUAUAUUAUUAUUUAGUCAAUAGUAAAAUAAAAGUACAUUUUCACCU